UUAUAUCCAAGCUGUGGCUUUGUAUCCAAGACAGAGCGUGCACAGUCCUCCUGCAGCCUGUUAGCCCACUACCAUGGAUGUCAAACUGCUGGCACUGAUGGCUCUGCUGUCCGUGGCCACACGUCUACUAACCUCCAACGCAAAGCCCAUCAGUCUGCAACAGCGGUGCUCUUGUCGUUCAAUCCUGAACACGGUUCCUAAACGCUACGUCAAAGCGCUCGAGUUCCUCCACAUACCCAACUGCCCCUUCCAAGUCAUUGCCAAGCUAAAGGACAACAGGGAGGUUUGCAUCAACCCGGAGACCAAGUGGCUGCAGCAGUACUUAAAUAACGACUUUGACAAGGUGCAGACAUCUAGCAGAAACAAGAACAAGAAAAACAACAAGAAAAUCUAAACAAAAAUGGGAGACAUGUAUGUUAACAAAACCAUUUAAGCAUGCAAUAGAAACCAUUUUGGCAUCACUCUACAAUACCAUAUAUGCGAUACCUUUUAGUCUUUCUGAAAUCAACAAAGCUCAACACACAUUUUGAUCACACAUCCAAACCUAAACACCAACUGCAGCUGGGCUCCGAGGGUACAAAUGGAAUGCUGCUUAGGUCGGAUGUCAGCACAGAUAAGAGCCUGAUGAAG